CAAUCAGCUGUCGAUUAAUAUUGGCGACAGAUUUCUGCCAUUAAUUUAAAUUAUAAAUAAUCAAUAAAAUGUGUGAUAAAUGGAGUGUCAUUUGAGCGAUUUAUCAUUAACGUGAGCAAGGUGGUGGUUUUGGGGGGUGGUCUCUGCGGAUGGAGUGUGAGGAGUUCAAGUGUUGCGAGUGACCGCGGCGGGCGCGGCUCGGCGGGGCCUCCGAGCACGCAGGCAUGCGGCGAUAUGACGGAGGCUGCAGGCACGUCGCGAGGCCUCCGUGUCUACAAGAUCGUGGUGCUGGGCGACGGCGGAGUGGGCAAAUCCGCGGUCACUCUCCAGUUUGUUAGUCACAGCUUCUUGGAUUAUCACGACCCGACGAUAGAGGAUUCAUACCAGCAGCAAGCAGUAAUUGAUGGUGAACCAGCUUUGCUAGAUAUACUUGAUACUGCAGGACAAGUAGAGUUCAAUGCAAUGCGAGAACAAUACAUGCGAUGUGGAGAAGGGUUCAUGUUAUGCUAUUCUGUGACUGACAGACGGUCAUUCCGUGCGGCUUCAGAGUACAAACGCUUACUCGCUCAGGCUAGACCUUCAGAGACUCUUCCUCUAGUCCUAGUGGGGAAUAAAUUGGACUUGGCACCAAGAUUUAGACAGGUAACAACAGAAGAAGGCAAGGCGUUGGCAACACAACUCGGGUGUCCGUUCUUCGAGACGUCGGCCGCGUUACGUCAUUUUGUAGAUGACGCCUUUCACGCGCUUAUCAGAGAAGUCCGCCGCCUUGAGAGACAGAGACAGUCAUCCCUAGUGGGUACGGGCGUAUCGACUGGCGGUGGUCGGCGCCGUUGGCGACGCUUACGCAGCAUAUUCGCGCUCGUGUUCCGACGCAGACGACGUCACACCCCUUGACCGCUCCGACAGCGACUGACGUGAGCUCUAUACUCUAUGACGUACUCGUUUUUUAAAAUAAGAACACAUUUUGACGUUCCACAUUUGACAUUGGCUUAACUGAUAACUCUAUAAUUUUGCAUCUAUGACUGAAAAAUGUCGGAAUUAUAAAUACCGAAUUAUAUUUUCAUAAUGACAACAUUGUUUAGCAUAAAUUUUGGAAAAUUGGGUAAAUAAAACAUCAAUAUUUUAAUUGUAAACAAUGUAAGCGUGUCUCACUGAAGAUAAAAAUCAUUCACUUGUGUAAAAAUUACAUACUAAUUACGAUACAUACUCGAGUGUUUCAGAGAUUUUUAUUCCUAAACGUGUAAUCCUAUUUAUACUCUAUUACAAUGGGUUUAAGUCUAAGAUGCCUAAAACCAUCCUUUUGUCUAUUAUCCUGUGUAUAACAGACCAUAAUUACUACAUUAGUUAAUGUAUACCUUUCACUACCUCAUAUUUAUGCUUUCUACUAAUUUGUGUUCUACAGCUAGUUUAAGUAUUAUGAACAGUAGUUAUUUUAUCUAAUUGAUAUAGAAUAAUAUUUUUUCUAGUUCAUUUAGGCCUAGUGCUACUUUUGUAUUGCCAGCUUAAAUAUUGAGUGGAAUUUAGGUGAACAGUAAACAUGUAUGAUUAACCUUUUAUAUCACAUGAGUGUACAACACACACAAUGUACUGCACAAUUUUUCUUACAAAUAAAGGCUUAAAAAAUUGUUACUUUUCGAUCGUUCCGUUCAUAGAUUGAUUUAAAUAAAAAAAAUACUUGCGCUAAGACCAUAACAUGUUAAAAUAACUCUUCCAUUGAGUGCGGCCUAUUGCAAUACAUUUUUUUUUGCCCUAAAUUGAAUAAUGUUUUUUUCAAAGUUAUACAUUGUUUUAUGCCUUUCAAUGUAACAUGAGUCCAUGUUAGGCCUCAACCUAACAAAUAGUCUUCCGUGAAUCCGAGCAAGCAAUAAUGAAAAGUACAUUGUAAAUUAUUCAGAUGUUUUAUAUGUUUUGACAUUAUUGGUCAAUAUGUAUAGCACAUAAGACAUAAAUGGUUUAUUCUAAUAGAUUAUUCAAUUAAUGUUUAAGUUGUUUGGAAAAAU